AUGCUAGAUCAAUACGAUACAUUGCAAGUGGCAUGUGAUUCAAGUCGCCUGUAUCCGACAAAUUUGAUUCGCACACAUGCAUUUUGCCAUGCCCUAGAAUCUUAUCGGAAGCGCCUCCACGAGAGUCAGAAGAGUCUGUUUGAGUCGAGGUCUCAAUACCAUCUUAUCGAGCUAGUGGAGGCUCAUAAUGGUGAUGACGUAUUCGGGUCGACCAAAAGCAAGUCAGUUGACGAUUUGAAAACAUAUUUCCAAGUUAACCGCAAGGAUCCGAAAUGCCGCCAUGCAUUCAUUGAAGCUGAGAGUUCAAGAAGUCCACUAGACUGCUCAAAGGAGAUGCUGGAAUAUCUGCUAUCUUUCCAUCAGGUAUCUCCGUCGUUUUUAGAACUUGUGUUUGCUUUUGGUGCGGGAAAACAACCUGAAGACUUUCACUAUACAAGCUUCCGACAUGAAAGCUUUCUAGACCAAGUCAAUAAAAGAUUUGCAAUAUUCCGUCUCGGUCGAUCAGGGCGAGAAAUCAGACAAUGCUAUAACCUCUGGUCCACUGAGCCGUCGUCUGGGGGCAGCAAUCCGUGGUCUAUCAGACAGACGGCGGUCUAUCAUUCCUUUGACGUGGAAACCGGAAAGGCUUUUUGGAUUGACAUCAAAGCCAACGACGUGAUAAAAUCAAGAAUCAGAGCUGAAACAGGAAUGUCUGGCAAUUUACGUGCGCGGAACAUGAUAGAUCCGAGCAGUUGCUUCUCCUCCACUCUGAAAACUCACCUCAUUCAUUUCGAGUGGUGCAGAGAGAACUGGCGGCACCAAUUGACUAGUCUUGAGAAGAGAUCGAGCGGAAUUCUGAAAAGAAUUCUCAAUGCCCCAGUCGAGCUUUUGGAGUUGACAACCUCCGAGAACACUAGCGAUACCGGCCUCAAUGGGGAGAGUGGCGGAUUUGAGCCAGGAAUGGGGCAAAAUACCGCAGGACGUAUUCUGUCGAGACGUACGACAGGCGCGUCCAUGAUCCCAAAAACCAUUCUUCUUCCAGAUUUUGCCAAAUGGGGAGGUAGAUCUCGCCACUCCAAACCACAGGCAACGUCAGUACAAUCCACACUUAGAGGGUCGUUGCCAUCAACGCAGAAUGACAGUGUCGACGGAUCAAGUCAGUUUCGAUUUUCUGAGCCAUUCCCCAUCGACCAGCUACAAGAUCUCUCUCGUAUAGAAUCUACACUUCAAGAGAUCAGUUUGGUGAUGAAACUCAACGCUGAUGUGCUUCUUGAGAUAAUGGAAUAUUACCAGCGCCUUAUCGACGACCCCUAUUUUCCAAUUGAGAUAAAGGAUGGUUCGUCAACGGCAGUAUCAGAUUUCUUCCAACAAAUCAGGAUCAUUAUUAAUGAGCUGAAAAGAGAACAAUGCCGAAUUGAUUCAUUGCUACAAGUGGUGAGCAAUGGCAAAAGUAUGUUUGAAUCUAUCCUUCAAUUCAGAAACAUUGAGAUCAACACAUUAUUUGCAACAAAUGCACACCAUGGCUCUCUUCGAAUGGAAAGCAUGACACAGGAAAUGCAUGAAUCUACAAUCAAGAUGGAAAAGAUGACAAAAAGCAUGCACAAGCUUGCGGAAAGAACCGAGCGAGAAACUGCUUCGAUGCACAUUAUCACUCUAGUUACCCUUAUUUUCCUGCCAGGAACAUUUAUUGCCACGUUUCUUGGUAGUGGGCUAUUUCAGUGGGAUCAAGAUAAACCAGAAGCUAUGCCUACUUGGAAACCGGAAUUCUUCGCCCUCUUUGCCAAAGUAUGCUUUCCUUUCAUGGGAGCCAUUGGAUUGAUAUGGGCUUGUGCGUAUUGGUGGGCAAAUCGGGGUCGUGGAAAACUACAUCUUGCAAGUAUUGACGAAGAAAGUGGGACUGCAGAUGGCCAAUGGUUAUCGGAGAAAGUCUAA